CAGAGAUCUUCCAAGUUGAACAUCUAGAUACUCUCGACCCCCCACUAUUACUCAAUCACCAACAAACAUUCACAAUGUCCUCUACCAACAACAGAUACCAGAAGCGCGGCGGUGCUAAUGGUGGCGGUCGCAAGAAGCGUGACUGGAACUACCGAGGCCCUGCCAAGGAUCGCCUGGACACCGAGAUGACCCAGGAGGAGGUCGACAAUUGGUUUGAAGAAGCAAAGAAGAUGCCCUUGAACACCUUCUUCUCCGAGCCUGCCGAGCCCGUCGCUCCCAAGGGAGAGCUCCAGCUCUGCCCCGGCUUGGCGGCUUCCAUACAUAAUCCGGCCAAUAACGGCCAGGCCACUCCGGUCCGUGGGUUGGGAGCUUCUAGACACAAUCCGGACAACAACAAUAAUAUCCAGACCGGUUUGAGCACUCCUGAGCCCAAGGUUGAAGCCGCGUCCCCCAAGGCUGGAAGCCCCAUCAACGAGGCUACCAAGCCUGUGGUCAAGACCGAAACCCCCUCCCCCAAGAAUGGCCAUACCAACGGCAUCAAUACCCCCGCUAGCCAAAAGAACGAGACCAAGACCCCAAACAACAACCACUGCAGUGAGGCCAAGACCCGGGCCGUCCUCCUAGCAGAGCAAAGUCUCGCUGCGGCCGAGGCGGCCAAAUACGCAGCCCAGAAGAUGUUGCAGGCAUCAGAGGAUGCCGUGAUUGCCGCAAAGGCACAACUGUUGCUCGCGCGGACCCAAACUCAGCCCGAUUUGCAGGAGGAGGAAGAGGAGGAGGAGCUCUGAAGAGCCUGCCUAGGUGGCAAUGGAAGCGGUUAGACGGAUGGGAGACCCGG